AUGAAAAAGAAUAGUAUUAACCAACAUGUUAGUAGUAGUACCAAGACCCUCCGUCGCACUAAGGUCACUAGCAACGAGGUGUUUAUUUCAGAUGAACAAAAUCGAAUCAAUAAGAUUUUGACAAAUGGAACAUGGUUGACAGUGGUGGGACAACCCUCUGGAAGUUUGAAUGGAUUUGGAGGAGAUGGUUAUCCUUCUAAUUGGCUUCAAGUGUUAAUUAGUCAUCCUCAAUCGGUUCAUUUAUUGGAAUCCUCAUUUCCAUGGUUGCAAAAUAUGUUAUUUGUGGAUGCAGGUAAUUAUAGAGUUCGAAAAGUUCACAAUGGAAUUAUUUCCACAGUAGCUGAUAACGGUAUCUAUCCAUUAUCUGAGGACGAUGUAAAGAAUGGAGUUCCUGCUGUGAAUACUUCUUUCAGUAGUCCCUUAUCGGUCUUUGAAAGGCAAAAUGAAAUUUAUAUUUCUGACACAUUUGAAGGAAUUCGGAAAGUACUUGUGAAUGGAACCAUUGUUGCAGUAUGUCCAAAAUACAGACCUGAAUGCACUGUUGGUUAUAACGGUGGACUUUGGGUUGCAUCGAAUGGCGAUGUCUUUUUUGAAGGUAGAGGACAAAUCAACAAACUUGAUGUGGCAACUAGAGUGCCCAUUUAUGUUCACAUGGCUCAAGGAGGUGGAGUUGGUGCUUUACUCUACAUUGCAACUCUGAAUGAUUUUGUAAAGGUUUCAUACGAGGAUGGAAAAGUUUCUCAAGCAGUUCCGGGCAUGGAGUAUCCUCCUCCUUCGUCCAUGUUCGUGACUUCGCAAGGAGAGGUUUACAUGACUGUGCAUCACACUAUUCAAAAAUUUAACAACAAGACUGGUCAAUAUACAAUCAUCAAAGAUGAACAAAUCCGAGGUUGUUGGGGGAAGUGGUUGCCAAGUCCAAGUGCAAAGUUGCUCUCCAAAGCUUCAGCUGCUCGUACAGGCCUCAAACAGAUGAUUACUCUACUGAAACAAGAAACUACAAUCAAACAAUAG